AUGCCCUGCUUCAAGUCUCUGCUUAGCCAUAUAGCCACGACAUUGCCUGUCAUGUGCUCACAAGCGGAAGUGGAUUUAGAGUCGUUUCAAAUUCCACCUCGGAUCGGACUCGAGAAAAGGAGGCUCAACAGACCUGUACCACAGAGCGGAGUCGGAGUCUAG